AUGACCGCACUGCGGAGGCCUUCAUCACCGCGCUCGAGCACAUCGUCCCGGCGCCCUCGCGACAUUUUCGAACAGCACCUCUCGGAAGAAAUCAGAGCACGGAUCGAAUCCACCAUAGUAGGAGUUCCAGAUAACGAAACCCAGAUACGGCGUUUCUUACCCAAAGGUGAUCUCGCGGCCAUACUGAGCGUACAAGCACUCAGGCCGUACCUGAGGGAACUACUCGGCGAAAGCACCGACAACCUUGUCGACAAUGCCCUCGAUGCGAUAGUUGGAGAUUCAACACGUGAUGGAUCUUCAAGAAGAGCCCUGCUUGCGCUCUUUCUUUAUCACAGGCGUGCAGGAUUGCUCUCUCUUUUCAGGGACUGGCUGCUAUCACGCCAAGAUGAUUUUCCCUCUGAUGGACACCUGCCCUUCAGCCAGCACAGCCUAGAACAGGCUAGAAUACCAUCCCAAUAUCACGACUACAUUAAAGAUUAUCAGAACAUAUUUAUUCCAGUCACAAUUAAACAGAACAUUUACCAGACAUUCAAAUCAAAGGAACGAUUGCCCUACAUCGGUGCACCUUUGGCUGUUCAAGAUGGAUCAUCGGGAACUGUCUAUACGAGAAAAGUCGCACCACGUCACUGGGAGGAGAAGCUCGACAACGGCCGUUAUACACCGGCGGAAACAACGAAACCAACAGUUUUAGCUCUGAAGGUCUUUAGCGGUGGACGUACCGGGCAAGAUGCUCAGACGAACUUCGAGAUCGAGCGCAGCAUGCUAGAGGAUCUCCGCAAUAGCAACUUCGCUCACAGGAUGAUAUUGUUAGAUUGGGGGAGCUUCAUCAUCCAAGAUGAGGAAGCUCGAGUGAUUCAGCACUGUUUGAUAUUCGAGUGUGCGACCUACACCCUCGAAGAGUUCCUCGUCGGCGCACAAGUAGCGCGGACGCCCUGGACCGGGAGUUUGUUACUUGCAAAGGUUGUCGAUAUCGUGCAGGCGUUAGCGUGCUUACACGACAACUUCGACACCUUGCAUCUCGACAUCAAACCCGACAACAUCCUGGUUUUCGAUAGACUACGCAGUCAAUCAGACGACGGCAGUUUGAGUGAAGCUAAAUUCGAGUGGAAGAUCAGCGACUUCGGCCUGGCUCGCAAGCGCAAUGCAAAGGAACGAACAGGCCCCUUAUACGAUGCGAAUCGCUCAGCAUCUCACUCUGGCUCGCUACUCGCAACAAGGCCUGCGGGCAGGUUUCAGGCUCCGGAGGUUCAGCAGCAGGGAUCCAGCAAAGCAAGCCGAAGCAGCGAUGUGUGGUCGAUGGGAUGUGUCAUCCUCAUGGUAUUGGGUUUAGUAGUGGACAGUCCAGCAAGAGUGUUAAAUUUGUUAGGCCGUUUGCGAGUGGAAUUCCAAGACGCAGGGGGGAUCGACAGCUUGUUCUAUGUAACAAGCGACUCAAUUCCGUGG